GGUUGUAUUGAGCAUGCUCAGCAGCUGGACAGGUUUAGGCGCCUGCCAGGUUACCCGGGUCUCAUACUUGCAGCGUGGGGAGGAGGCAGAGCCAGGGGGCACCGGGCAAGGGGUACGCCUUGGAUGAUUGUCAGGCCUGGGAUUCGGGGAUUCCCAGGGAGUGUCCUCAGCCGAGAUGUCAGGGCCCUCGAUGACCGUCACUGUCACCUACAAGUCAUCAAUGUCCAGUGGCAAGACAAAAGGCAAGGCGACUAUCGAUGGCCCGGGAUGUAGUGGAUGACCGUGGCAUCUUCAAUGUCUGACUAAGCUCUGAGCACUCUAUAGUGCCUGCUUCAGCCGCCUUCUUGGCCAUUGGAACAAAUUGUUCUCCUCUGCCCAUUUCCACCGAGGGAAGUCUUCACAUGCUUGGGACAAUGAAAAACAUAGCAUUCAGGUUGUAGCACAGCAAGAAAACAGUGAACCAACCCUUCAGGACCUGGCUCUUCUUAUUGAACAAGUUACUGGAGUUCCACUUGCUUUUCAGAAAUUAAUAUAUAAAGGAAAGUCUCUAAAGGAAAUGGAACAACCAUUGUCAGCACUUGGAGUCAAAAAUGGUUGCAGAGUGAUGUUGAUUGGAAAGAAGAACAGUCCAGAGGAAGAAGCUGAACUAAAGAAAUUAAGAGAUUUGGAGAAGUCAGUAGAGAAAAUUGCUGACCAACUAGUAGGGGUCAAUGAAGAACUUGGUGGUAUUCAGAAGGGUUUUCUAGCCAAGGACUUGCGAGCGGAAGCUCUCAGCAAACUUGACAAGAGAAUAAAAGGAACUGUUGAGCAGUUUAUGAAGAUCUUGGAACAGAUUGAUUCAUUAACUUACAAUAACUACCAGGCCCCUCUUGCUGAGCAGGACUUCCAGUCCUCGACUCUCUCCUGCCCAACUCUCUUCCGUUGCUGCUUAUGCCCCAAAGUGACAGAAUCCGUUUCACCGGGAUACCCAACGACUCUUCCAGAGAAUUUCAGAGACUGUAGACUGAAAAGGAAGGGAUUGGUGAAAAAGGUUCAGGCCUUCCUAGCUCAGUGUGACACAGUGGAAAGAAGGAUUGAACAAGAAACAGAUAAGCUGCAAUCAAAAAAUUUGGCCCUGGCUGAAUGAGAAUUGUGUGUAAAUUGGAGGGUGAGGGUGCAAUUGCUCUGAACAAGAAGAAAAGUUUACUCUAUUUUGUAACACAUGCCUAUCUUUCUUUUGAGAUCAUGCUGGUUUUACUGUUUGCCCUUUGGGAGCUGGUUCUAAAUAGCACAUUUCCUCCUCAAACCCACCCUCCGUAGGGCCUUGAGUUGUCUCCGUAUGUCCUGAUCGUCCCACAGACAGACUAUUUUACUCUACCUAGUUAUACCUUUGCAGGUCUCCGGGGGGCAACAGCAUUGCAGGGCCAGGAGGAGAAAGCUUUUCUUCUCCAACAGUCUAAGGUUAGGGGUGGCUAUUUGUGUCUUUUGUCAGAUCCCUGGAAGCUGAUUUGGCCACCUGCUAGCCUCAGACUUCAUGGGGAGGGACUGAGCAGGUGAGAUUGAAAAUCUAGUGACUCCUACACAGAUGACUGCAAAACAGAUCAGUAAUCCAAGACCUGCAAAUGGGCAAAGGAGUCUCCCCAGUGCUUGGUGCUGUGUUAGCGUCCUGUGGAAACCUCUUUGUCAUUCCACACGGCCCUGACCAACUGGGCUAAUGGGUUCUAGGAGCCCAGAGCAGCCCAGAAGCCUGGUUCCAAAAGGGAAUUUGGGGAGAAGUAGAGAAAUGUAGCAUCAUGACCUUUGCAGCCAAAAAGGGACUAAGAAACAGAAACCCCAGAAGCAGGCAAUGUGGACUUUCUUCAAGGACAUCGAUUUUGUUUCAGCCCAUCUUUUGCGAUAAAUGUUUUUCUUCACUUCUCAUUAUAAGAUUAUUAUUUUAUUAUUAUUAAAACGAGUUCAAACAACAGACCAAACAAA